UUCCCGAUAGCUGUAGCGUGAGGAGCAUCUGCAGAUCAAACAGGAAUGGGAUUUAGGGCUUUUUUUUGAGUGAUUAAGAUAGAAAUAUAUUCUGGGUUGAAGAAGAUCAAACUUCAACGUUUUGAGGAGAAAUUUCGAUCACACGCAUAGCAGUUGCUGGGGAAAACUGACAACUCGAACUACAAAUUAUCAUGCUCUUUCUGAAACCCAAGCAUACCAUUUGAGUCGUACGACCAUUCCCUCCUCCUUUCCCUUGAAAACAAGAAACCUAAACGGCAGUGAACUCAGAACUCGAAGCAAGGGUUGAUCUCGGAUGCACAUAGGGCCAACAGUGAAUCAUUUGUCUGUCUUCUGUCGUGCAUACACUUUAUAGCCAGGUUCAUAAAAUAUCCAUAAGCUCCAUGGCUUUCCUGGAAGGUGGAGAGAGUUUUUUAGAACCCGUUGACUAUGAGGUAAGCAUAGAGGAUGUAGAUAUGGUUGAUGUAGAAGAAGGUGAGUGUGUGGAGCAUGAUGAGAACACUGAACCAAUAGAAGCUGGUGGAGAAGAUGAUAAAAUGGCUAUUCAAGAUCCACCCGACAGAAACAGCAGGGGGAAGGGGAAGAGAAAGAAGAAGAAGAAGAAGAAUAAGAAGAGGGGCAUCUCAACGUCUAGCAUCACGGACAUAAACAGGUUUGUAAUUGACACAUGUAGACGUUUGAAAGAAAAGAAAUCAUACCUAGUCUGGAAUGCUGUUGGUUGCCUUGGUAUUGGUGCAUUUAGUGAUCUUGUCAAAGAGGUGGAUGCAAUACAGGCUUGUGGAGGUCAGAUGACAGCUGAUGGCAAGCGCUUUCGUACAGGGGGUGGCAUAUUGUGGAGCAUUUUGAAAACACGUGGACCAAAGGCUUACAAAGAGAUAAUGAUGAAAGGGAAGGAAUUUGAGAAGCAGUUCAGGCAGCAAAGAGUAAAACAAGUGUCAGAGCAGAACAAAGAGGACCCUUCUCAGAAAAUUGCCUGUGAUCCUUCUGAUAGUAUCACUAACCGAGUCUCAAAAGAGAGUUUGCAGCAUUCACUGCAAACACAAAGUGAAGAAACAAAUGAGACUGAUUCUCAAGGGAAAAGGAUAUCUGUCCUGAACAGGAUUCGUGUACCGGUCUCAUAUGAUGACUUGGUUGGAGAGGAACCAAAAGAUCAAUAAAAUUGAUUAUUACAAAUCAAAUGAUUUCGAGUGUAUAGAGGCUUAUCAUUACCUGUAUUCAGUUUUGGCAAUUUAAUUCUUUUUUUAGUA